GGGGAAGCGGCGGCGGCGCGGCCGUGUUGCCGAGGGAGGCAGGCGUCGGGCGCGCGGGGCUGGGAGGCCGUCGCUGCCUGGCACGCGGGGCACGCCUGGACUCCUCCUGCGCCGCAGGGCUUCCGAUGCGCGCGGGGGCGCCCCGGGGACCUGGGCUGUGCGCGGGCGUGAGCUCGCUCCGACCGGACCCCGCUGCGCCUGAGGGGCGGCGGCCCCCCGGAGCCGGCCGAGGGCCGUGCGGAGCGCCCGUCCCUCUGCACCGAUCGGCGGUUUGUAUUGAAUAAGCGUUCUGACAAACUGCUGAACAGAGAGCCUUGAUAGACUGUCUAGGAUAUUUUAAAGAACUGUUGAAGACGAAGUUUUUUAUUUUUGUAUGUUUUUAAAUGGCUUUACAGAAUAUUAAAUAAUAGAGUUUGACAUGACGGCAAAAAGUGUUGGUUUGACAUCCACAAAUGCAGAACUGAGGGGCUUUACAGAUCAGAAUUUCAGUCCAACAAAAGGUAAAUACCUAGAAGUGGAAUUGCUGGGUCAUAUGGUAAGUAGGUAACGCUUCACUUGUUGCGUUUCCAGUUUCCAAUACCAACUCACCAACAAAGAUUUUACCGAAAACCUUAGGGCCAAUAAAUGUGAAUGUUGGACCCCAAAUGAUUCUGCAGAAAGAUGUGGUACAUCAAGACACAUUCUGUGGCUAAGAUGAAAAACUCAAGUGACAACACAUGCUGGAGAGGAUGUGGAGAAAGGGGAACCCUCCUCUGCUGCUGAUUAUAAGCACACCACAGAGAAUUACCAAUUCAGGAAGUGUUCUGAUUGGGAGUCCAUAUACCCCUGCACCAGCAAUGGUCACUCAGACUCACAUAGCUGAGGCUACCGGCUGGGUUCCCAGUGAUAGAAAACGAGCUAGAGAAUUUGUAGACUCUGAUUUUUCAGAAAGUAAACGAAGCAAAAAAGGAGAUAAAAAUGGGAAAGGCUUGAGACAUUUUUCAAUGAAAGUGUGUGAGAAGGUUCAACGAAAAGGCACGACAUCAUACAAUGAAGUAGCUGAUGAGCUAGUGUCUGAGUUUACCAAUUCAAGUAACCACUUGGCAGCUGAUUCGCAGGCUUACGAUCAGAAGAACAUUAGACGAAGAGUUUACGAUGCUUUAAAUGUGCUAAUGGCAAUGAACAUAAUUUCAAAGGAAAAAAAAGAAAUAAAGUGGAUUGGCCUGCCUACUAAUUCUGCUCAGGAAUGUCAAAACUUGGAAAUAGAGAAGCAGAGACGGAUAGAACGGAUAAAGCAGAAACGGGCCCAACUACAAGAGCUUCUCCUUCAGCAAAUUGCUUUUAAAAACCUGGUACAGAGAAAUCGACAAAAUGAACAACAAAACCAGGGCCCUCCAGCUCUGAAUUCCACCAUUCAGCUGCCAUUUAUAAUCAUUAAUACAAGCAGAAAAACAGUCAUAGAUUGCAGCAUCUCCAGUGACAAGUUUGAGUACCUUUUUAAUUUUGAUAACACCUUUGAGAUCCACGAUGACAUAGAGGUACUGAAACGGAUGGGAAUGUCCUUUGGUCUAGAGUCAGGCAAAUGCUCUCUAGAGGACCUGAAAAUCGCAAAAUCACUGGUUCCGAAAGCUUUAGAAGGCUAUAUCACAGAUAUCUCUACAGGACCUUCUUGGUUAAAUCAGGGACUACUUUUGAACUCUACCCAAUCGGUUUCAAAUUUAGACCUGACCACUGGUGCCACCGUGCCCCAGUCAAGUGUAAACCAAGGGUUGUGUUUGGAUGCUGAAGUGGCCUUAGCAGCUGGACAGUUGCUUGCCCCAAACAGUCACCAGUCCAGCAGUGCGGCCUCUCACUGCUCAGAGUCCCGCGGAGAGACCCCCUGUUCAUUCAACGAGGAAGACGAGGAAGAUGAGGAGGAGGAUUCCUCCUCCCCAGAAUAAAGAAGGAGAAAACUUGUGUUUUAUAUUUGACGCUCAUGUGUGUCUUUAGUGUGAGCUCUUGUGUUUUGAAAUGAUUGCUUCAGUCUUUGCCUUUGUUUGCAUUUGUGUUUAGUGAAAACUAGAGAAACACAAGAAGCAAAUCACGUGAAGGCUGAGAUGAUUGAAAUGAAAGUUAACAUAGUGUGAAUGAAAACUGAACAGCAGAGCGGUAGGGCACAUCGCGAACAAAGCAUGCUUUCUGAAGAGCUAGAGGGGGAUGAUCCAUGAAGAACAGCCGUGAACGAAGUUUAUUUGUGUUCAGGGGGGUAGGGUUUAAAGACCCCAUGAUGUGUGAGCGUUUAGACUUGAAAUUGCUGCAGGGAACAGUUUGCAGCGGUGAUCGUUUUCUCCCUCGCUGGUCUGUCGGUCUAUCUAUAGGCAAAAGUAACCUGGAAAGUCCCGGUGGGUGUAGCGCGAGGGAUGUAGAUCGCGAUCCUUGUGCCUGAGGAGCACGGGAACGCUGAGCUAGUUGAAGUCUAGCUGAGGUGCUGCCUUAGCCUCUAGAAGGGAGCAAGCGCUGUCUUGUAAGUACCUCGGUGACAUUUAGAAUAAUUGAUGGUAAACGGAAGUGACCACCUGUCGAUGCAUUGGUGCAUAGGCGUGACUAGGGCUACUUCUGGAAGCCAAAUAGAAUAGCAUUUCCAUGUGCAUUAAACCUUUGCCAGCACUGCCUUUCGCCAGCAUCCUAAAUUUGGAGUUUUACUAAGAAGGAAACUGUGCUUAUGGUUUUAAUCAAAGCUAUGCAGUUCAUACAGCUUUUUAAUUUACAGUGAAACAAAGAAGCAAAUUCCUUUGACCAAAUUGCUUGUCUGUACUUGUCUGCAGUGCUGUAUGAUUUUACCCAUGUGCAAUUUGUGAAAAUGAACCAAAUGUCACUACUUUUGUCUUUAUUUCAAGAAUAUGGACAUCAUUGUUCUCCUGUACAUGUUACCUUGUUCAUAUUUUAAUUAUCAAAAUGACCUUAUUAGAUUGAUUUCUGGGUAAAUUGCAUUUCAAACUAACGCAAUAUUUAGUGUUUUGUUGAAACCUUCAACACUCCAGUUGACUGCAUUUGUGCUAGUGUGGUAGAUCAUGUGCGAGUUCAAAGCCAAAGACGCCCUGAGAAUACUGCAGUAUGUCUGUGAUCUCUGCUCCUCCAAGGAGGGGCGUGUGAGACAUCCACUGCCAAAUCCAACUUGCUCACACAUUAAGGCCUUGAAAGGGAGCAAAGAAUGGUAGAAGAAUCCAUUCCGAGACCAGCUGAAGUCCCAGGUGUUUGUACUUAGCCUGUGUAUCUGGUGUCUGUGGGUCCUUCAACAAGUUCAGUUCAAAUUGAUGCUCUUUUCAGUCCUAUGGGGAAGUACAGGCUCUAUCCAUGGGGCCUUUCUCAAGCUUGACCACCAAGAGCUGGAGGUAAAGGCUGUGGCUGGGUUCAGUAUGUUACUGAGGCCAUCAACACGAUAAACAGGAGUGUGCAGCUAUGGCUUAGGUCUCGUUGAGAGGAAACUCAUUCUGUCAGUGCAAUCCCAGAGUGUUCAAGGGGCGUAAAGGUCCUGGCAGGAGUCAAAGAGUUUUGUGUUGGCGUGAGUUCUGGAGCAAAUCUCAGGCUGUCAGAGCAAAGCGAUGCAGAAUGCAGCAGAGGCUGCCCCUGUCAGCACUACCACGUCUGUCUUUUUACUUACGGGAAACCAGCAAGACUUGGAGAAGUCAAGGGCCACAGAUGCGUUUUCAGUCUGCAAAAUCCUGAACGACCUAAGAUUUGUCAGAACUUAAGGCAAAUUGCAUGCCUUACACCCAUUCCUUUUACCAGACUGCAGAAUCCUUACAAGAGUUCUCAAGGAACUGUUUCCCUUUGCAUCCCUGCUGCCGUGUGCUGUACGUUGACAAAGCUUGGGCUUUAAAUAGGCAGUCAUACUGGGCACGUUGUAUGCCUGUAACCCCCGCAUUUGGGAAACGGAGGCAGGAAGGUUAGGUCAUAAAAGUCAGCCCCAGCUACAUAGUGAGUUCAAGACUCUGCCUUGGGUUGGGGGAGCCAACCAAAGACCCAGUUUCUGUGCACCCCACCUCGGGACAUCCUCGAUACCACUGUGUCAGGCUCUCAAGAGUGGGCCUGUUCCUCUAUGAUGUACUGAGGACACCUCAAAACUAGACUGCACCAGAAGUGAAAAUAUGUAGUUGUAAUACUUAAAGACCAAAGGGUCCCGAGGGCCUUGAAGCCAGCCAGAGCUACAUGAGGAGAUCAUGCUCCCUCCUCCUUAAAAAGGGGGGUGAGGCAAGGAAGGGUCCUGAAUUGAGACAUUGAGAAAGAUGAACUCAGGUCUUUAUCUCCCCUAAACAUUGUUCUGGGUCCAACAACACUGAAUCAUAAUUCAAUGCAGGGAUCAAGAUGGGAGGGCACAAAGGUAAAUUGUGCUCCUGGCAUCUGCGUUUCUCUGCGGGAAGGGGACCCAGGGCCUUGCACACAGCCAUUACCUGCCCCAGGGGUGCCGGUCACGCUGCUUAGUGAGGCGUUCAAGAGGCUUUCCCUCCUGGGGGUCAGUUUGUUAUACCUGUGUAGCACCCCUGUCGGUCGGGUGUCACUGCCCUGGUCACUCCUGCAGCUGCCUCUGGCCUGCACACUCCAUGUGAAGAACAGCUCCAGCAGGCUGCCUGGUGCUUGGCCCUCAGUGCUUAGCCUCCCUCAUCUGUCAGUGUUUGCGUUUAUUGUGCCUUACCUAGGAAGGAAGGGACUCAACCCUCUCUCCUUCCUCUAAACAGAACCCAGAAAACAGGCUGGUGGCCAUGAGUUUGCAUCUUACUCGAUUCUUUUAAAGAAGUGGUGGGAGCUGGGCGUGGUGGUGCACACCUGUAAUCCCAGCAUUUAGGGAGGCAGAGGCAGGCAGAGCUCUUGAGUUUGAGGCCAGCCUGGUAUACAAAGUGAGCCCAGGACAGCCAAGGCUACACAGAGAAACAGUCUCAAAAAAAGAAAAAAAAACAAGAAGUGGUGGGGAGAAAAAAUCUGUCAUUUUUGUUGUUUUACCGGGUGAAUGAAGAUAAUUCCUCCUGUUAGCAAAAAUUUACAUUUGGAGCAGUAGCAGCAUGAAGCGAGUUCCCGGAUCUGUCCUCACAAAGAAAGUACCCUAUCAGGUGAUCCAGACGGGGAAAUGGCCUGCUGUGUCCCCACAUGGAUUCCUAACUCUACUCUUUCUACAUCUGAACCGGUAUCUCAAGUUAGAGGAAGUGACGCUGUUCCAACAACAGUGUGAUUUAUGCCCUGAGACAGUCUGAACAGACAGAAUACGCAAAUGACAGGCAUGGCCUCUGCUGUGGUGUGGCCACGCCCAGAGUGAGCAAUCUGCCCAGUUUUAUAAGCUCACUUCCCAAACAAAGUGGGUUGUCCUUACUCAAUAAAUCUUUGUCAGAAGGCCUUGAAAAUUUGCCCCUUUAGUGAUGAGUGUGGGGCAGUCUUUGUUUGGGGGGAGUAAAAUGCCAAACCUUAGCUUGAGCUCCUAUAAGCCAGGUGAAGGCUGCAGCAAGCUCAUAAAGUUCUCAGUCGGCCUCAUUUCCUUGAGCUGAACCUCCACUGCAGGCCAGUGGUCUGAGAUGGAGGAUUCACAUGUAUUCUGUAAGUUGCUAAUGCCUGAAGAUCUAGUUUGUAAACUGAACGCAGGGAAGGUGGCCUUCAUGCUGAUACGGACUGGCUCUGGUGAAAUGCAGCUUCCCAGGGCUCCCCGUGUCUACACACCUCAGGCAAUGGCUCCAAGCACUAGUGCUCAUUAAUACAUAGUUUCUGAAGUCCACCACACGUGGCAGGAGCCUGCAGCCCCUCACCCAAACAAUCCUCAGAAAUGUGCCUUCCAGCUCCGAUCCAGUUCGCCUAUGUUUUGUUCACCUAAACUUGAGCCAAACACUGACUCACAAGGGGCAGUCUAAUGGGAAGGUUCUUCAAUUUUUUUUUAAUUGCUAAAAGGUCUAUAAAUUAUAACAAGCCUCAGGAAGUAGCCCCUUACAUAUUAGCAAAAUACCUUUGUAGGAUCCAGUUUUCCCACAUACAUCUUUGUUUGAAAUAUGCUAAGGGAAAAAAAAAUUAGGACAGAAAAGUUCAGCAUGUCAUGUCUGUGUCCUGGAAGUCCCUGACAGGUCCAAACACUGUCCUAGUAGAUGUCCGUCUCUCAUGGGGUCGAGAGGGGAGCUCACUUACACUGUCUGUUCUGUCCAGUUCUUUCAGAUAAGACAAGCUCUUGGAUCAUGCGAUUUAUGUAGAAAACCCUGUAGUGCUUUGGCCCAUUUUCAUGCUAGCAGCGUGGACCUUGGUCCUCCCUGCUUAGAAAGCUGCCUCAGAAGUCAUUGUAGCCACAGUGGAGAGUCAGGCUUGCGUCUUCUCUCCCAGGCUCUCAGGAGGGGAGAGAACAUCUCUUGGGACCCACUCCCUCAGAGAUGGGAAGUGCGCAGGGCCUUGUGGCCCAGCAACCCUUAGCCUCUGUAGCAGGUGCCAGCUUCCCUCCAGCCAUCAUUGCCUGCUGGAAAGCAGCCUCCAUACUCCAUCCACACAGUUCCAGUCUUGCCAACAGGUGCCAAAAAUCUGAGGAGCCCCAGAGAUCUCUCCUCCCAAGCCCCAUCAAGUCAUGUAAUCAUGGGGCCUCUCAGGAUCCCAGUGUAAAUGGUUACAGUCACAAGAAACUCCCCAGGCAAGGGCUCGCUCGUUCUGAACGUCAGUAGGUUGUGAGAGGUAGCGUUGCCAUCUCGGCCAUAAUGGCCUGUUCCCAACCAAAUCAUUUGGAUUUCAGAAGCCAUCCCCUUGCCAUGCUUUACUUCAGACUCAGCUGCUCCACCUCAGACACCAUCUGAACACAAAAGCUGUGCUAGUUUUUUCGUGCUAAGACUCCUCAGAUCUCUCUCUCAUUCUGAAGUAUCUUCAGUGAUCCAGCCGCUUCUCUGUGAAAGUGGCUUCUCUACACGUUGCUAUUCUGGUUUUCCCAGCACCCUGAGCAGUGGGACCAGACUUCCACCUGCCCUGGCUGCUCAGGAGGCCCGAGUUCUGGGGACCCCCAUCAGUGCCGUGAAGGGCCAGGUGCCCCGUUUCCCGUGGCACACUAUACCUUGGGCAGAGGGAGGAGGUUGCUGCCCUUCAUCACCAGAUGGCUCGCCUUCCACUUGGAGACGCUUUGCUCCCGUGCUGCUAGCUGCUGUCUCCAGAAAAGUGUUACUUUGCUCUUUUUCUGCAUGAAGCGUACGUACACUGGGGUCACACAUGGCGUAGUUUCAAUGAGGUGAGCGAAGUGCAAACCGCAUCUCACUUGCCUCUUAGUUUCCUUCCUAGAGUGAAGUACACAGGCUAAUAUAUUAUUUUGUAGGAUCUGAGACUUUGCAUAAAUACUAUUAUUUUUGUAUGGGAUUUUUUAUAGAAGAGCUAUUUCUGUAUAAUUUGUGUUAUCUGAAAUGCCUUCCAGUAGUUAACCGACAAGUCUUAAGCAGCGUCCCACUAGCGGCGGCUCAGGGACCACCACCGAGUGGACAGGGAGUCUGCACUCCCUGCAACCACUCCAGGCAGAAGCUCAGGCUGCGCCUAGCAAGCAUUAGUUGUAAUAAGCUCUGAGUGAUAUUUUCAUCAAUCUACACACCUUUGUCCGUGCUGUAAAAGAAGAAGACAUCUGAAAUGAGUAUGUUAAGCUUGAGAAGAAUUGUAUUAUACUAUUCUGUGAUUUGAGAUACAGGAAAAAUAAAUAAUUUAAAAUAA